GUCGUCGUCGUCGUCGUCGUCGUCGUCGUCGUCGUCGUCGUUUCCCCGUUUUUCCUGGUGGUGGCAAACUCGCUAACGCUUGUGUUGAAUGGACGCGCAGCCGACAUAAGUGAGAAUAAGAUAAGGACAGAACGAACGCUCGUGUGCGCACGUGGGAGAGAGAGGAGAACGCAUAAAGCGCAACAGAAAGAAAUAAAGAGUAGACGGGGGAAAGAGAGAGGCAAGUUCACCGCAUCGAGGAACAGAGAACACGCUAUAGAUUUAUGUGCUGACGAUAUGUCGCUGCGUAACUCUUAGAAGAGCGGGCUGUUUUUAUUUCAGCUUACAGUUUAAAGAAAGUUUUUAGAGGGGUUUCUGGGUCUCCUUGGUUUAGCUAGGAUGAGCACGAAGAUUGGCGUCGACUGUGUGCCAACGUACAGCUACGAGAGAGACGAUAUGGGAAGAGAUAGUCCAGGAGCCUUACUGGAUAUGCUAGCCGAGGUGGCAUCCCAGACAUUACAUUCGGAAAAAAAGCUUAGUGAAUUAGACACCAAGAAUAUAAAGCAGAAAGAAAUAAAGCGCAAGAGUCAGCAAAUCACUUUUAAUGUUACACAGCUGCUGUCUAUGCCAGCUACUCAAUUGGUCAAACUGUUUUCAGUGUUCAGCAGUGAUGAACUUAGAAAACAAUACUCCUACUCAUGUGCAUUAGUACCAGGAUGUGGUCAAAAUUAUACUAGUUUUGCCAGUGAAGGCAGAGCUAGAAUGUCUAUUAAGUCUCACCUUGCAGAUCAUUUAGAUUUUUUGAAAAAUAAUGCAGAGACUUAUGCUUCUUUUACAGCAUCAGCUGUAAAAUAUGCUAAACCAAAAUCUACUGUACAAAAUAAGAAAGCUAAAAUUCAACAGACCAAGAAACCUCAUAAAGAAACUCUAAAUAAAGAAAAUAAAGAUAUUAAAGUAGGAAAAUCAACUAAUUAUUUACGUAAAAUACUGUCUAAUGAAUUAAAUUUAAAAGAAUUAGAAAAUAAUACAGAUCAAGAUAAAGUUAGCGACCUGCGAGAUUCACAUGUAUUUGAUGUGAAAAAAGAAGUAUCAGACGUUAAAGUCUUGGGAGAUCAUAGUUAUUACGAACAUAUUAAAGACGAAAAUAUAAACGAACAAUCUACAUCUACUGUUAACAAAGUACCUGUCAAUUCAUUGAGUAAUGAAAAUAUCAUGUUAAUGGUAGUUGAGAGUAAUGGCGUUUGUGUAAAAGAUCUUCAUAACACCACAGAAAAUACUUCUAACCACACAACUGCAGAAAAUAAUGAAAUAGAAAAUAUGACACUUUGGAAAGAAGAAUCAUAUACUGUCCCAGAUGCUUUUGUGCCUGCGAAACCUAAGGGAAAAGCGAAAUUUAUUGGCACUAGUAAAGAAGAAAGAGAAAUGGCACUUAUAUUAAUUGAAAAAAUUCGAAAGAAAGGCAAUCCAACUGGAAACAAUUUACAAUGUCGUAUUUGUGAUCCACCUCGUAGUUUUACUGCUCCCACAACUUUAGUAUCACAUUAUCGUAGUCAUGCUGGAAUUAAGCCAUAUGAAUGUCGAAUUUGUAGAGCAGUUUUUACACGGAGACAUAGUCUCAAGUAUCAUAUGUUAAUACAUCAAAAUCAAACUCGUUUUACAUGCGCUGAUUGUGGAAAAAAAUUUAGACAUCCGUCGCACUUUCGAGAGCAUCGCAGAAGACACACUGGAGAAGCACCUUUCGGUUGUGAUGAUUGUGGGCAAAGAUUUAAAACACGAAAUACUUACAAACGUCACUUGAAAACACGUCAUGGUAAAGUCCUCACAAUAACUGGUGAAUUAUUACAUCUCUCAGAAGAAGAUUCAAAAAAAGUAAGAACUAAAAAUCGUCGAAAAAAACAGGAUAUAUGUGAAAAUGUAUCAAAUGAAGUCAUAAAUGCAACUGAUGCUAUAUUGGAUCAAUCAGAGAAUCAAGAAUUCACUUGGGAACAGCAACAAGCAUGUAAUAGCACAAGGGAAAGUAAGGUCCAACAAUGUAUUGAUAAUACUAUAUGGAUGUAUCACAAUCAAACCAAUAUAGCAACUGAGGAAAAUUACAACGAAAUUCAAAAUAAAUCGCAGAUAAAGACUGAUUUAAACGAGACUGAAAUAGAAAAUAAUUUUGAAAAUAAUGAAGUAGUCAUUGCACAAACUGACUCAAAUGGCACUUUACAUUUUGAAAAUUAUAACUAUGCACAAGAUUCCGUAUAUACAGAAGAUACAAUUCAAUUUUCUAAUGAACAGAGUGUUAACACAAAUCUAACAAAUAAUGUAAAACAGUUUGAUAGUCGAGAAGAAGCAAUUGUUGAAUAUCAAGAGUGUACUGAUAAUUAUAACGAAACAAUAGAUCCUAUUUUUACAGUAAAGGCAGAGCCUGAAAAUAAUGUAUUUGUAUUAGAUGAUGAACAAAUAAUAACUUCUCAUGAAGUUGCUGAUUCAGAAUUUAAAGAAUUAAUUUCUACAUCUAAUUCUACUCAAACCGAUAAUAUAAUAGAAAUUGAUACGAAUUCUGAUGAGCAAACAUUAAAAAUAAUACCAUGUCAAGUAAAAGUAUGCGAUAAUAGAGGUACGACGACAUUACAGUUACUAAAAAAUAGCAAGAUUUCUUUACUUGGAAAUAAAACUCAAAGUAUCAAUUUAUUACAAAAUGGAAAGCAGCAUACUAUUUUGCUUUUAGCCAGUGAUGAAAAUAAUGUCUUAGAAUUAGAUAAUGCUAUUAUUGAAGGAUCAAAAUCGCUACCUGUAAUAGCUGUACCAGCUGAAUAAGUAAGCGAUACAAUACAAUUUUUGUUAUUGAAUAUUGAUAUGUAAUUAUAAUUCUACAAAUAAUUUUGCAAGAUAUCUGUCCAUUUUAUAAUGAAGCUGUAUUCAGAAGAUUUAGUAAGUUUUCUAUAAGUUAACAUUUAUACAAUGUACCAGACAAAAUGUGUUUAUAAUUAUUAUUCAAAAUAAUUUCUAACAUGAUACAUUUCAUUUGCAUUAUUA